AUGAGCCCCUCAGAACAUGACCUCGAGCACCCCAAGAAGCGACGUAGGCGCGAGGUGCAACGCAAUCCUCUCCCUGCUCGUCUACUGUUUGAUGAAAGUGUAAAGGGAAACGCUGCUAUUAUUUCCCAGACUCUUUGGUCGCAGCUCGGUCUUCCCCAUGAGUCUACAGAUGCAGCUCCCCAGGAAACCAUACCCCAGGCAUUCCUAGCCAUUACUCCUCGGUCAGCCCUGCACACAGAGAUACAAGAGUCAACAUGGACACUUCUCACUGCGCAAUUGCAGCUCUCCACCACCACACCGGAAGCUCCACAGCAACCUGCAACCAUUAGAAUUUCCCCCGCCGCUUCAGCGUGUCAAUCUAUUCUCAAAACCUAUACGACGGUCGAUAGAGAUCGUCAUCCUGGCCAUGUUCCCAAAUCUAUUGACAUCCGGGUCCUUUCCUCCAAGCCUCUAAUUCUAGACACUGUCUAUGUCUCAGUUGAAAAAGGACUGCUGGAGAAGGUGGAUGACAUCCAGACCCGUUUUGGUGGAGGCUUUCAGUCCUCGAGAAAUGCGCGAACUGACAAAAAGACAACCACUACCAAUGGCAUUCUACCAAAUAUCCCUCCACAUAUCGGACGUCUGACUUCGCUGGUCCGAGAUGGACUCGGAGAACUUUCCAUCAUUCACUCAGGCGAUGUUUUCCCCCUACCACUGCCUGCACAUCCCAUCACUCAUGUGAGACCACCCCCCGCCAUUGUCGUCGAGUGUGAACCUGUUUCCCAAGGUCAAAUAGCGGCACAUACCAAGAUAGUCCUCAUUCAGACUGGCUCAUCCCAAGAAAAGGCUCUGAAGAAGCUAGCACCCGUCCUACCCAUAAUGGAGGAAUCUAUUGAAGACACUGCCGAAGAUACCUCCAAUGAUCAGUUCUACUCCGCAGCAGAGGACCGUAAUACGAGCCCUGGUUCGGAUGAGGGCUCGGGUUCAGGUGAUGACUCUGAAAGUGGCGAUUCGGUUCACUCCGAGAGUGACUCGGACUCGGACUCCAUGGAUGAUAUAAUCUCACUGAGCGCCCCUGGUCUUCCCCCUCAACAAGCCGGCACUUUGUCUGCAAUGACAGCUGCCACCCCGAGACCCGGUGGAAAGAGAGCUACAGGUACCCAAACGCCAGGAUCCUUAUAUUCGAGCUUCACCUCAACCACUACUCGCGCUGGAAGUCGUCCAGGUAAGGUCUUCAGAACUCAAGCUUUACUUCGAAAGGUCCCUACGGAAUUGCUACAUCCAAGGCCAAGCAUCGAGGACGAUGAGGAGGCUUUCGUCUUUAUUGAUACGAGCACUCUGGCCAAAAUUGGCUGUUUCUCUGGUGACUGGGUUCGCAUUGAAAUUGCGAAGAACGUGAGCACCAAUGGGUUUGCUGUAUUGGGUCUGAGGUCAUUAAGUGGCCUACCAGACGAGGAGGACUCGGACUGGCGGACAGUAAAGGUAUUUGGCUUGUCUGGACUGUCGAACCAAGCCCCUCGCUACGCUGUGGAUAAGACUGGUGAACGCCGCUCAAGUUUUUCGCAACGUGAUCUGAUAGCACCCACCUCGCCAGUUGUUCUUCUCUCACCAAUCCUCCUAACCAACCUAUCGAACGCCCAAUUCGUCAAGAUUGGAGCCCUGCCUUCUCCACCUCGGCACGAUCCCAAAUCGACACACGUUCCUCGAUCCGCGACCGUCAAAUUUCCUCCCUUUGCCAAAGAAGUGAUCUUUUCAAAAAUUGCCGACCCGACUACAACAAACCCUGCAUUGCAGUCUACCCUGUUUUCUGCAUUGAAACACUACCUAGAAAGCAAGAGACGCAUACUCAAGAAAGGGGACCUCGUGGGUCUUCCCGUAGACCAGGAACUUGGGAAGGCUAUGUUCUCCCAAGGCUCGACCGAAGAGAUUCCUGGCGAAGAUGAGACCAUUACAAAUCUCGGCAGGCCAGACAGAGCAGGAGCGCGAGCAUUCAGUACUGCAUGGUUUUCUGUGCAACAUGUCGAUAUCGACCAAUCUCAAGAACAAGAUCCAGAACAGAACAAUUGGGGAGGUGUCGCCGUGCUGGACAGUUCGCAAGCGCGGGUUUCUCAGAGUGGUAGCAGUGUUCAUUCCAUUUCUCAUGCCGUCGAGUUGUGGACCCAGUACUGGUUCGGAGUACGCAAAUUAUCUUUGCAAAGCCUGAGUAGGAUUGAACACAUCACAACGGCGGCUGAUCUUCCACCAUUAGACAGACUGCCACUAGAGAAGCGGUUGUCUGGUCUAAUUCAGGCUGCUACAAGCAACAGGGCUGCUAGUCUUGGUCUCCCACCAUUGGUCAUCCUCUUGUACUCAACUCAGCGACAGAUUGGCAAAUCAUACAUCGCCCAUUCUGCAUGCUCCUCUAUUGGUGUGCAUACUUUCCCAAUAUCAGUUCACGACCUCCUUUCUGAAAAUGCCUCAACAACUGGAGGCGGAGAUGUAAAGACUGAAGCGUUACUGAAAACACGGGCGGAGCGUGCUUUGUCGGGUGGAGCACAACAGACAGCACUUCUUAUCCAGCACAUCGAUGCAUUGACGGCAGAUAGAAUGAUUCCCGUACUGCAGGAAAUCAUCUCGUCAUCCCGCAUUCUGUUUGCCACAACCACCAAGCUCGAUGACAUUCCCGCCGGCAUUCGGAGUCUAUUCUCACAUGAGCUCGAGGUGGCAGCUCCGGAUGAAAAUGCUCGUGAACUAAUCCUUCGCAACGCAUGCACUUCGUCAUCGGUUCCCCUCUCACCAAGCAUCAAUCUCAAGUCGAUUGCUCUUCAAACUGCUGCCCUAGUUGCAGGUGACCUUCUUGAUGUCGUCAACCGCGCAACUUUGGCCAGAACUGCUCGUCUUCUGACUUUGGCAGAAAAGCAGUCGUGCAAGCUUUCAGAUAUUUACAUUUCGGGCGGUCAAUCGGCUACACAUUUGCUACCUGUUGACAUCAAUAGUGCUAUUGCUGCUGCAAGAUCGACUUUCUCUGACGCUAUCGGUGCUCCCAAAAUCCCCACAGUCACAUGGAAAGAUGUUGGCGGGCUGUCAUCACAAAAGGAUGCUAUCAUGGAGACCAUCUCAUUACCCUUGACACAUCCCGAACUAUUUGCCAAUGGAAUUCGAAAGCGAUCUGGUAUCCUAUUUUAUGGCCCGCCCGGCACAGGCAAGACUUUGCUGGCGAAAGCUAUCGCAACCGAGUUCAGUCUUAAUUUCUUCAGUGUCAAGGGCCCCGAACUACUGAAUAUGUACAUUGGUGAAUCUGAGGCCAAUGUUCGACGAGUCUUCCAACGUGCAAGAGAUGCACGCCCUUGUGUUGUCUUUUUCGACGAGUUGGACUCGGUGGCACCUAAACGUGGAAAUCAAGGUGAUAGUGGUGGCGUCAUGGACCGAAUCGUUUCUCAACUCCUCGCUGAAUUAGAUGGUAUGUCUGGUGGAGGCAGUAGUGAAGAUUCUGAUGGAAGUCCGUCCAACGCUGGAGGAGUGUUUGUGAUUGGCGCAACGAACAGACCAGAUUUAUUGGACCCAGCAUUACUUCGACCAGGACGUUUCGAUAAGAUGCUCUACUUGGGUGUCGCCGACUCUCAUGACCAACAAGUCACUAUUAUGAAAGCCCUCACGCGUAACUUCACUCUGGACGCGGAUGUGGAUCUCAACAGGGUUGCCGACCUGCUCCCUUUCACUUAUACAGGCGCAGAUCUUUAUGCACUCUGUAGCGACGCCAUGUUGAAAGCAAUCACUCGCAAGACCAAAUCCGUCGACGAAAAAGUCCAACAAGUCAGCAGAGCCCGCGGCGAGGACAUAAGCACUGCAUAUUUCUUCGACCAUCUCGCUACCGAUGAAGACGUGCAAGUCGUUGUUUCCGAGGAAGAUUUUGCAGCGGCGCAGAACGAACUGGUCGGCAGUGUGAGUAAAAAGGAACUAGAGCACUUUGAAAGGAUCAGAAAUCUGUUCGAGGAACAAGACAUCACAGUUGGUACCAAGGACGGAGCUGGACCUAAAACAAACGAUGGCAGUCCUGGUAAGAAAGCCGAAGAAGCCCAAUUGCCUAUACGACCAACACCACCGGGACUCUCCUUGCGCAACUCAGUCCGCCCUCAACCACCAUCUGAGCCUGAAGGCACGAACACAUCUCAGUUCCGUCCCCAAGCACAUGCUCCGAACGCUUUACAGCAAGUGAAGGGAAAAGGAAAGCAAAAAGCCGGCAGUGGAAAUAUUUCUCACGCAUCCCCCCCUGUUUCAGUCGCGUCUGCUCGCAAAGUGUCGCCACGAAUCGGCAACCCGGACUCUGGGGCUUCGUCGGACGCAGACGACGACUAUGGCGUGAGCUAUCACCACCUGAACGGAAAUGCCAACACAAAUGCGAAUGCGAAUGCAGUCAACGGCGUCGGCGCCACGGAUAAAGGCAAGGGGAAAGGCAAAGCGAGUGCAGUAUCCCCGCCACCCCCUGCGGCCCGUGUCCCGAGCACGCCUGUGGUGGAUGGGUUCGUGGACGAUGUCGGCGGCGACGAUGAGGGGCUCUACGAUGAUUGA